GACUCCUCCCCCCCACGCUCUAGCGACGCACCUAGCGACCGCCUGAGCUCACCUCAAAUGCUUGCUGAUGCUCUACUGCCCCCAUGUUCGCUUCGCUGCUGUCGUUACUGCAGGUGUUGUUCCUGAUGGUCCCUGAGGGGGUCCAGCCUCAGCCUUCUCCGUCCCCGUCUGGAGCAGUGCCUACCCAUUCGAACGUGGGGCCAAGGACGCAGGGCGGGACCCUUCAAUCCUCCUCAGAGGGGACUGAAACUCCCUGGGCCGUGCCUGGGACCUCUACAGUGGGCCCUAAUGUGGUGACCCCCUCGGCGCCUGGGAAUGGGACCGUGGACGUCUUCCCAGUCUUACCGAUCUGUGUCUGUGACUUGACUCCUGGUACCUGCGAUAUAAAUUGCUGCUGCGACAAGGACUGCUAUCUUCUCCAUCCGAGGACAGUUUUCUCCUUCUGCCUUCCAGGCAGCGUGAGGUCCUCGAGUUGGGUGUGUGUAGACAACUCUCUUAUCUUCAGGAGUAACUCCCCAUUUCCUUCAAGAGUUUUCAUGGAUUCAAAUGGAAUUAAGCAGUUUUGUGUCCAUGUGAACAACUCAAAAUUAAACUAUUUCCAGAAGCUCCAGAAGGUCAAUGCAACCAACUUCCAGGCCCUGGCUACAGAGUUUGGAGGUGAAUCAUUCACUUCAACAUUCCAAACCCCGUCACCACCACCAUUUUACAGGGCUGGGGACCCUAUUCUGACUUACUUCCCCAAGUGGUCUAUAAUAAGCCUGCUGAGACAGCCUGCAGGAGUUGGAGCUGGAGGACUCUGCGCUGAGAGCAAUCCUGCAGGUUUCCUGGAGAGUAAAAAUACAACCUGUGCUCGAUUCUUCAAGAAUCUGACAGAUAGCUGUACCUUGGAGCCCGCCCUCAAUGCUGCCUCUUAUUACAACUUCACAGUCUUGAAGGUUCCAAGAGGUGUGAGUGAUCUGCAGAAUACAAAGUUCCAGGUACCUGUAACACUGGUCUCACAAGCUGGCCCUCCUCUGUUGGCUGGAAACACUUGUCAGAAUGUUGUUUCCAAGGUCGUCUAUGAGAUAGAGACCAAUGGGACUUUUGGAAUCCAGAAAGUCUCUGUCAGUUUUGAACAAACCAACCUGACUGUCAAGCCAAGCACUUCCUUACAGCAACACUUCAUCAUUCACUUCAGGGCUUUUCAACAGAACACAGCUGCUGCUCUUUCUGGUCCUCGAAGUGGGAAUCCUGGCUAUAUUGUUGGGAAGCCACUCUUGGCCCUAAGUGGUGGUAUAAAACACUCAAUGACCCUCUUACAGAGCCAGGGGGAUGGAACUUGCUCUGUUAAGAGACAUGAAGUACAAUUUGGAGUGAAUGCAAUAUCUGGCUGCAAACUCAGGCUGGAAAGGGUGGACUGCAGCCGCUUGCAGCAGAAGAUUUAUCAGACUCUUGACGGAGGGCCCAGACCAGAGCAUGUUGCCAUCUUUGGUAAUGCUGACCCAGCUCAGAAGGAAGAGUGGACCAGGAUCCUCAGCAGGAACUGCAAUGUUUCAAUGCAUCUUUACCCUUCUGUAGGCUAUGCAUUGUACUUCCUGCUGUGUCAUACCAGUUUCCCUGGAGAUCCAGAUAUUGUGGGCAUAUAUAGGCCUCCAGUCCAACCCACAAGCUCAUGUGUUAAGAACCCGAUUCCUAUACCAGUGCCAGUCCAUGCAGGAUUCCCAACAAGAAACAGAAGUAUCGUUAACAACUGUUGUGACCUUUGUGGACGUUACCCAGAAGCCAGAGCCUCCAAGAGGCCAACCCAGAGUGGACUGGAAAUUGCCAUUCGACUUCUUCUUUCCCUUCAAAGUGGCCUUCAGCAGAGUAGACUCUCAAAAAGGCUCAGUCUCUCCUAUUCUUACCCUGUGUCUCUUACUACUUGGAGUUCUCAAUCUAGAGACUAAGUGAAAAUAGGAGAAGAAACAGAUUUUCGUUUUCCCUAUGGGAAGUUCCAAGGCAGCCUGCUUAUCUUGGCUAAAUAGCUCCUCACCUGCUCAUGACCAGAGGAGGGCAUUUAAGAAAACAGAGACCUAACUGAAGGAAUCUUUGUCUAUGAAAAGAGGGAUACAUGUUAGAUUCUCUACUUCUCAAGAAGGAAAGAAUGCCAAGAGCCCUUCCUCUGGCCCUACAGGUUGUGUUAUGCCUGCCUAAAGGUUUGCAACAUCUUCAUCCAUCUGCUCACAGGCACACUUGGGACCCAGCAAAAGGAGCAGGCUCCUGCUGUCCCCAGAUGAAUUCAGGAACAGCUGCCCUGUGGACUGGAGUGAGAACAGAAAACUGGUGGCUGUAUAUUUUGUCUGGUUCUUCCCCACUUCCCUCGGGCUAUAUUUUUUGCUCAGGCAUGAGUGGGAAAAGCAGUCCUUUCUCCUGAGUUUCCAUAAUAAAUGUGGAAUCAUGGCCCCCUUUGCUACUA